CUUCGCUGCUGUUUGCUUUAACAUAUAUCCACAACAGCGCUGCUCAGGGUUUUUCUGGGUUUUUUUUUUUUACUUUUCCCGCAAUUGUGAUGUGAAAGUUCUAUACAGUUGUUCCAAAUCAACAGGUUUCAGUUAAUUUGAUUCAAUUAUUCGUUGAAAAAGAUGAGACAGAGACCUAAAGGACCUUCUUCAAGGUCAAAGUUAUCCUCUUCUUCAAAUUCGAAAUUGUCAAGUGAUGGUGGCGCCGGUGAAAGUAGUGGCAGCCGAUUCAAUAAUGGCCUGGCGGGUAAGAACGUGGCCCUGAAGGCUAGGAGGUCGGCUUAUGUGAUACUUGCACUGUUUGUGCUGAUCAUAUACGGUUCUUGGGGUGUGUAUUAUUAUCAGUUUGAGAAUCUACCUGCACCGCUGACUCUUGAUCAGGUGGGUAAGAGGGGCUUUUCUGAGUAUGAGGCUAUGAAGCAUGUUCUAAAUUUGACCCAAUUGGGGCCCCAUCCAGUUGGUUCUGAAGCUCUGGACAAAGCUUUGGAGUAUGUGGCUGAUGCGUCAGAGUACAUAAAGAAAACGUCUCAUUGGGAUGUUAAUGUGGAGGUGGACUUGUUCCAUGCACAUUCUGGUGCUAACAAUCUGGCCGGUGGCCUUUUUAAAGGGAAAAGUCUUGUUUAUUCAGAUUUAAAUCAUGUAGUCUUGAGAAUCGCUCCCAAACAUGUUCCUGAAGCUGUGGAAAAUGCAAUUCUUGUUUCCUCUCACAUUGACACUGUUUUUUCCGGAGAAGGAGCUGGUGAUUGUAGUUCAUGUGUGUCUGUUAUGCUGGAACUCGCUCGAGGAGUUUCUCAAUGGGCUCAUGGAUUCAAGAAUGCCAUUAUAUUUUUAUUUAAUACUGGAGAGGAAGAAGGUUUGAAUGGAGCUCACAGCUUUAUUUCUCAGCAUCCUUGGUCUGACUCUAUACGAAUUGCUAUUGAUCUGGAAGCCAUGGGCAUUGGAGGCAAAUCUAGUAUUUUUCAGGCUGGUCCUGAUCCUUGGGCUAUUGAAAAGUUUGCUUUGGUAGCAAAAUAUCCAUCUGCUCAAAUAAUUUCUCAGGAUAUCUUCACUUCUGGAGCUAUAAAAUCUGCAACUGAUUUUCAAGUGUACAAGGAGCUUGCGGGACUCUCAGGGCUUGACUUUGCAUUUGCUGAUAACACUGCGGUGUACCACACCAAGAAUGACAAGUUAAGUCUUUUGAAGCCUGGUUCUCUCCAACAUCUUGGAGAAAACAUGCUUGCUUUCUUGUUUCAUUCUGCCACAUCCCCCAGCCUUCCUAAAGGAAAUGAUAUGGAAUCAAAUAUCAAGUCCAACCAGGACACGGCCAUAUAUUUUGAUAUUUUGGGAACUUAUAAAGUCACAUUUCGUCAACAAAUAGCCAAUAUGCUUUACAAUUCUGUAAUACUGCAAUCUCUUUUGAUAUGGAUUACAUCAGUGGUGAUGGGUGGUUUUUCAGCAGCUUUAUCACUGGCCUUAUCUUGUUUCAGUAUUGUACUUAUGUGGAUAUGCUCCGUUAGUUUUGCCUCUGUUGUGGCUCUUGUCAUACCCCUUGUAACUUAUUCACCAGUGCCAUACAUCUCUAGCCCAUGGUUGGUAGCUGGUCUUUUUGGUGCACCUGCUCUUCUGGGGGCAUUUCUUGGUCAACAUGUGGGUUAUCGUUUGCUUGUAUUAUAUUUAUCCCGUACAUCUGGUGGAAGGAGGGGUCUACCUGCUAACUUACAAGCCAAUGUGGCUAAAUUAGAUGCUGAACGAUGGCUCUAUAAAUCAGGUUUACUACAAUGGCUUGUUCUGCUGGUGGUUGGAAAUUAUUACAAGAUUGGUUCUACUUAUUUAGCUCUUGCGUGGUUAAUGUCACCAGCUUUUGCAUAUGGUCUGCUUGAAGCAACACUGUCACCUGUAAGAUUGCCUAGGCCACUCAAAAUAGCAACACUGCUAAUCGGCUUGUUUGUUCCCUUUCUACUGACAUCUGGAUUGGUUAUUAGAUUGACAGCUACUAUAAUUGGAACUAGUGUGCGCUUUGUGAGGAAUCCUGGUACCACUCCUGAAUGGUUGCAAAACGUAAUAGUUGCUAUGUUCAUUGCUGCUGCUGUGUGUUUAACACUGGUGUAUCUGCUGUCAUAUAUUCACUUAUCAGGUGCAAAAGUACCAGUUAUCAUCACUACAGGGAUUCUGUUUGCACUUUCUCUUGCUGUAGUCUGGAGUGGGGUUGUUCCACCAUUUACAGAAGAUACUGCAAGGGCUGUAAAUGCUGUGCAUGUUGUGGAUGCCACUGGGAUGCAUGACCUCAGUGGUGGAAAGCAUGAACCUACCUCAUACAUAUCUUUGUUCUCAACUACUCCUGGAAUCUUGGAGAAGGAAACCAAUAUUAUUGGCGAAGAAUUUGUAUGUGGAAGGGAUCGAUAUUUAGAUUUUGUUACUUUUUAUGUGAACUACAGUUGUUGGACAGAUAAGAGUGCUGAAACUGGCUGGAAAAAAUCGGACAUUCCAAUAAUUCAUGUGGAGAAGGAUACAAAGGGAGAGAUGCGAGAAACUCAAGUACUAAUUGACACUAGAGUUUCUACUCGCUGGUCCCUUGGAAUCAAUAUGAAGGAGAUUGAAGAUUUCCAGAUGGAAGAUGCUGAUGGAUCAGAGGAAUUGAUUCCACAGGGUGAAAAGAGCAGUGUCGAUGGAUGGCAUACCAUUCAGUUUGCAGGUGGUAAGAAAUCGCCGACCAAGUUUAAAUUCUCCCUGUUCUGGUUCAAAAACAGUACCCAGACAACACCAAACAAUCUUCUUCUGAGACUUAGAACGGAUGUCGACAGAAUAACACCUCCCAUGAGAAGUGUUCUUGAGAAGCUCCCUGCAUGGUGUUCCCUCUUCGGAAAGUCCACAUCUCCCUACACAUUAACAUUUUUGAUGAGUUUACCGAUCUCUAUCUAAGCCUACCAAGUUCGACCUUAUUCUUGUGGAAGCGCUCGUUGAAUAAAAAAUAGUUGUGUUAUUAUUUAUCUGCGAUGAUUCAAUGUUUUUUGGGAUAGUUGUGUUAUUAUUUAUCUGCAAUGAUUCAAUGUUUUUUGGGACAGGCAGUACGAACAUAGUUAUUUAUGAUGCGAAGAAAUUGCGUCUUGACGAAAUUUUUGACAUGAAAUUUAACAGAUGAGAUGCUUUACAUGUA